CACGGACACGAUGCCGGGUACCCGGACUCGUCUAUAAAGCGGUCCAGGAAGGCCACGGACACCAGGAAGACGAGGGUCCGGUCUCCCGCUCCCCCCAAGGACAACUAUUCCUCGACCGCCCAAUCCCAGACGCUUCCAGACGCUUUCCCGGCCCAGACUUGGGAAGAGGCCAACGGGACAAAAUGUGCAAAGGCCUGGCGGCCCUGCCCGCCUCUUGCUUGAGAAGCGCGAAGGACAUGAAACAUCGCCUCGGCUUCUUGCUGCAGAAGACGGACUCCUGCGACCAAGGGGCUUCUCCCGCCAAGGCAGAGAAAACCCCUUCUUCUCCCAGGGUGAGUCGUGAGGAGGCCAGAAGAUGGGCCGAAUCUCUGGAAAACCUCAUCUCCCAUGAAUGCGGUCUGACGGCCUUCCGGGCUUUCCUGAAGUCGGAAUACAGCGAGGAGAACCUGGAAUUCUGGAUCAGCUGUGAGGACUACAAGAAAACGCCGAGUCCGGACCAACUCCGCCCCAAGGCCGAGAAGAUCUACGAGGAUUUCAUCUCGGUGGAGGCGACCAAAGAGGUCAACCUGGACUCGAGCACCCGGGAGGAGACCAGCCGGAAUAUGCGGGAUCCCACCGCGGCCUGCUUCGACGAAGCCCAGAGGAAGAUUUUCCACCUCAUGGAGAAAGACUCCUACGGCCGCUUCCUCAAAUCCCCCUUCUACUUGGGCUUCGUGGGGGGCGAGGAGAGGAAGGGGUCCCGAACCCGGACCCCGGCCUCCAACUGGCCCGCACUCGUGUCCCAGUGCGCCUAGGCGUCCCCCCCGCUCCCAUCCUCCCUGACUCGGCCUUCCCUGAAGCGGAUCGACACAUCCACCCGCUUCCCAAGCGCUCAGUCCAGCGCUCGGCACACAGUCAGCGCUCAAUAAAUACGACGGGUUGAAU